GCCAAUAUCAUUCCUCCUGGUCACCCCCGAGAGGAACUGCCGGCCUACAAGUGGAAGUUAAUGCUGCUUGCGACAGCCCUUCUCUCUGCCAUUAGUGGCUAUGAUGUGUUGAACGUCUCCAAUACGCAGGUAGCCAUCUACGAGGCCUUUGGGCAGAUUGAGGUACUGCCUUGGGUAUCCCUGGCGUAUUCACUUGUCAAUGCGGCGUGCAUCCCGCUGUUUCGCGAGCUCACGCGCAUUUUCGAGCUGAAGAUGCUGUACAUUAUCGCGGUGGUGUUAGUGAUGGUUUCUGCCGCGCUGAUUGGCGCUGCCCCGAGCAUCAAAGUCGUCAUUGUCGGCCGCGCGAUGCUGGGCACUGGCGGUGCCCUCUCAUAUCAGUUGAUUCUAACGUACAAUGUUGUCUUUGCAUUGCCCCUCGAGCUCGCCCUUGUGCAAGCCAUGGUCGGGGCUUGCUUUGCCGUCGGCCUGCUCACGGGUCCCCUUAUCGGCGGCGCCUUUACCGAGAAUGCGCAUACUACGUGGCGCUGGGCGUUCUACAUUGUUGUCGUCAUGGGCGCCGUGGCUCUCGUCAUCAACAUCGCUGCCUAUCCACGCUACAGGAUACCCAAUUCCAAGUCAAUGGCGGUGGCGCAGCUGCGCGAGAUUGACUGGCUCGGCUGCGUUCUGCACAUGGCCACGCUCGCCCUGCUGGGCUUCGCCUGCAUCGGUGGUGGUACCACGUGGCCAUGGGGCUCCGGGUCGUCUAUCGCUAUCUAUGUGGUCUUUGGACUAGUAUUCGUCGCCUAUGUCGUCCAGCAGACCUUUAGCUUGGGGACCACCCCGGAGCGCCGCAUCCUGCCCAUCACGGUUCUCACCACCAGACCCGUUGUCUUGCUCGUCACGAUUUGCAGUAUCUGCGCUGCCAUGAGUUAUGGCGUCACACUAUACUACACGCCACUAUACUUUGCCUUCACACGCGGCGAGACCCCCGUCUCAGCCGCCGUCCGCCUGCUGCCAUUCAUCGGUCCUUUCAUCAUCAUGAUCUUCAUCGCAGCUGGUCUGCUGCCCAUAGUCCGCUACUAUAUGGUUUUUUUCGUCUCGGGCUCAUUGCUGUUGGUCAUCGGUAGUGGCCUGUGGCAGCUCGUACUCCCAGACACCUCUGAGUCGCCUAUCCUAGGCUUCGAAGCAAUCAUUGGCUUAGGCUGCGGCCUCAUCUGGUCGCUCGGCAUGCCCAUCGCCUCAGUACUCUUGCCUACAGAGAUGCACUUUGACGCCGCUAUGCUGUACAAUCUGUCUCAGCUUGGCGGCGUCGCUGUUGUGCUGGCUAUAGCUGGUGCCGUCUAUCAAAAAGUCGGCCGCCAGCUUAUCCAGCACGCCGCCGAGCGUGCCGGCGAGACGCUCACCGACCACGAGUGCCUCGAGCUGCUCACUGGGAUCAAGUCGGAUCUGUUCGACCGGACCCGCGAUAACCCGGCUCCGGGCCCAGCCAUUGUCGAAGCCCUCACGACCGUUGUCGUCCGCCUCUUCUGGAUAGUCUUUGCCGCCGGCCUGCUGUCCCUGAUUUGUAGCGCACUGAUGAAGUUCGAGGCUGUCGGCUUU